AUGAGUCUCAAUGGACUCACCCUUCGGGCCAAGAAGAGUCUCUCGGGUCUCUUCUCGUUCAGCGAAGUUGACGGGCCGACACAUGUAUCGAUCAAAUCACCUCAGCACGCCCACUGCGACAAGGAGAACGAUGCAGGUGACCUCGAAGAAUUUGGUUCGUAUCCACGCCAGAGAGGAUCUACCUGCCCCAACCUCAAGGCACUUUCGCCAUGCAAGAGCCUCUCAUCGAGGCGUCAGCGACUCAUGGGCUCGCUGCGAAGAAUCGGAUCUCGGCGCACUAUCCGCAUGUCUCCUGGCAGGAGCAAUGAACGUGACGACUCGCCUCCUUCACCACAUGAGAGCCCUCUUACACCGACACGAUAUGUGAGGAACUCGCUGGCACUCAACUUCAAGGAGUCACCGCCCGAUCAACCCAUGUUUGACCUAUCUAAGCCUCGACGCUCAAUAUCCUCAAGUGAGCUCGAUUCAGUGUCUCUGGCGGUCCAGCUACCUUGGCUGCUGGGACAGUACCGACUACGCCCGGUCCUUUUCAAAAGGCAUUGGAAAUAG